UAUAACUAUGAAGAUACACCUUGCAUACACAUAUUAUACAUGUACAGAAUAUUAUUAUUAAAUAUUAGCGAUAAAGUGGCAUCAUCGUUUUAAAUUAAAAUAAAUUCAUGUAUGGACUAAGUUGAAGUGAACAGGUUAAUAUUUGUUAUAUUUGUGUAUAAAUAUACUUAUCAUCGCCUAAAUAGAAAAUAAAUGUAUUUAAGUAGAAUUAAGCAAAUUGCUUCAGACUGUAAUUAAAUGGAUAAGAAUUGUAUCAAACGCUCCAUUGAUACCAACGAUGAUGACAACAACAAGAAAAUUAAAAUUGAUAUCAGUGGAAGCAAACUAAUAUGGAACUAUACAGAUAAUCCAAAUAUAAUACAAGCAAAAACAAUUGAUGAAUCCCUGCAAGAUGAAGCAAAUAAACAGAAAAGUGAAACUUCAACCAGCACCGAAUUCAGUGUCUACUCGGAUGAAAAAUUGCAAGUUGACAAAGAUAUCAAGAAUUUGAACAACUCUGUUAAAGCUGACCGAUCAAAUGAAUGCGUUGUUUUUGCGCCAAACAUAAUGGAAUUUACAGAGUCUAAAGAUAAGGACAAUAAAAACAUAACGUCCAGUGCUACGACCAGUACUACUUCAUUAACAGACUUUAGUCAUAUAUCAUUGACGAACACUCCACAAAAAAUAACCAGAAAUGACAUAACUUCAUCAACCAUUAGCACCAGUGACACAAUAAAUAUAUCAUCAUUUCCAGGCUCAUCAUCCGAUGAAAUUGAAUUAGUUUUAAUACCCUCAUCACAAGAGUUAAGCAUUGCAAAUUUUCAAAAGAAAACCGAUAACAAUGGUAAAAAAAAUUUGCCCGCGAAUAUUAAUAUUAUACGACAGAGUGCUCCAUCGUAUAGUAGAAUUACUACUUUAAAUUCUAAUACCGGUGUUCAAUCCACACCAGGCUUGUGGAAUAGGGUAACAUUACAUUCUACCUUAAGAAAUCAACCUAUAAUGGUUGCGUCUAAGAAACUACCGCCCGAAGUCACCCAAACAACUGCUAAAGUUUCAAUAGGGAACACAACAAUUUCAGUACCUUUGCUAAAACCACUCAACUCCACCUCACUUAUAACGCCUAAUAUAACUUCUGAUAACCAGAAAAACACUCAGCCCCCUAACAUUGCACAACAGCAGCAACAACAAAAUACAAUAAAUGUCAACAAUUUUGUAAACGUUAAACGUGGACCUAAAAUAACGCAUCCAACUAUUGUGUCAUUAUCACAGCUGCAAAUUAAACCAGUAUCUACAGCUAAAAUAGUGCAAGCUAAAGUGUUAAGUAAAAAAGUGCCUAUUAUUAUACCUCAAACAUCACUAACAAUGCAAAACUCUGUACAAGCUACUCCAGGCGUUAUUACAAUAACUGCAACUAAACCCAAACAAAAUAUUGGCGAUGAUUCAACACAAAAUACUAUUACACCAAUAACGAUUUCUAGAGACAACGCAGCAUGUAUAAUGGUGGAAAAGAAGGACUUAAGUACAGAAACUUCAAUAGCUGAAAUAAUAAAAAAAAAUGAAUUUGGGGCUACAUUGGAGAGUAAUAGAAAAACUCUUCCAUUCAAAACUGUAGUCAAGGAAAAAUCAGUUAUGGAAGAAACAAACUUUUCAAAUAGAACAGAAGUGUCUUUAUCUGAAGAUAUUAAAAGGAAAAUAGUGAAUGGCAAUGAAGGUCUUUUAACAUUCUGCUCAGAAAUAAAACCAGCAAACCCAAAAGAGAUUUUAGUACAACAACAAUCAAAAACCCUAAAAUAUACUACUUAUACAAAUAUGCGAGCACCAGCUCAACAAUAUACAAAUAAAAUCGGAACAAACUCGACUGUAAUUCCAAGUUCGACAAUUGAGUCCCAUACAAAUACUACGCUAACAAGUGAUAAUAUCGCAGCAAAAUUACAUACCACACCAUUAAUAAGUAUACCCAAAAAUAUAUCCUUAGUAAUAGCGAAAAGUAAUAUUACCCAGCAACAAAAGUCAAACAUUAGUAAUACUGUUACCUGUACAGAUGCCUUUAAGAAAAAACUUAAUGUAACCAAACCUGUAACAUUAACCGCAUUAACAACAACUCAACUAAAGACAACAUCACAAUCCGUAGAGAUAGCACAGAAUACAACUUCAGUUUCUCUAGCACUACAAUCAAAUAAUGUUAAAACUGUGGAUAGCGGCCUAGAAAGAAAAAAGUUGAAUUUAGAUACGGCUAAUAUAAAUCAAAAUCAAAAGCAGUAUAAAAGUACAUUAAAAACAUUUGAGGAGAAAAAAUUUGAUACCGAUAAAGCAAUAGAAACAAAAAACAUUUCUAUUGAAAGUACAGAGCUAUCUAAUAUAAUUGCUAAUAGUAAUGUUACAAAUACAACAGAGUUGGACAACAAUCAAAUAAUUGAUAAUACAUAUGAAACAAAAAGUUAUCAACAUAUGCAAGAAGGUGAACCAAACACAGUGCAAAUUUCAGUGCCUAAAUUAGAGGACUCACAAAACGUUCUACUUAAGCAAUUACUACAAAAUUCUAACGCAAUUCAAAAAACUGAUAUAACUUCAAAUUCUAAUGCGGCAUCAGUUUCAAAAGGCUCAACACUACUCUUGUGUAAUAACAUUCCAUCAGCACGCAAAGUGGGCAACGUACGUGCUCCAUGUUUAGGUUUAGUAAGUUCAUUAGAAGCCCAACUUGCUCGGCCAGUCAUACCUCCUGUACCUGCUACAGCCGCAUCUCCAGUAAAUUAUCCGCAGCAGGUCGUGACAAAAACUGAAAACAACACUGCUACGAAUCAAAACCAAGAUAUAAGCACGGAAGAAUCUGAUAUCAUUCAAAAUAAAGUUAAACUUAAAACAAGCAAUAUCAUUUCUAAAGAAACGUCUUUUGUAUCUAAUCCAAAUAUAUCUCACGAACUACCAGAAAACCUUUUUUCCGUACAAAUGACAGUACCAGAAUAUGAAUCUGAAUUAUCCAGCAAUCAUUCAGUUCCAAUACAAAGAUCAUUAUCAAAUAAUGAAAUAAGUCAAAAAGAAUUGCCGCCAAAUGUCAGUUUAGCUGUAUCAGAAAAUAAUCAAUCCCUGUCGAGCAUGAAUAAAGAAGUAAAAUGCAAAAACACUAGCUCUGUUAACAUUUCUAGCAUUAAAUCUACGGAUACUAAAAAUUUUGGAAAAGAUCAGAUACUAAAUAUCACUUCUACGGAACACAAUAUACCAAUUAAAACAACAAUUGUAAGUGAUCAGCGUACUUACAACAUACAACAAAUUACAAAUACAUCAGCACAAAAUUCUACAGUAAAUGUGAAUAAAUUAGAUAGUGCACCUAAGGAUGUUUCCAAUAAUAUAACUGUCUCUAAGACGAUUGAGCCACCUAAAACAAUUAACACAACGCAGUUAGUGAGCUCUGUAGCCACGAAUAACUUACUUAUACAAAAACAGAACACUAGACCUUCUCCAGUAGAAUGUAGCAAUAUUAUAAAACCUGAAAGUGGUUUUAUUGAUCUGGAAUUAAGAAAAAAAAGAAAACGAGAUUAUCAAAAGCAGCGUCGUCAACUCACAAAUAAUGCAAAUAAAAUAUUGGCACAAACUGCUGCGGAGCCUGCAACAACAGUACCAAAUGCACUUGCUGGUAAGAAACGACAAAGAAAAAUAUCUAAAAUGGAGGAAGAUCAUGAUAGUUAUGUUGAUAAUUUAAUGGGUCAUAUUCGUCAGAUGCAGCCACUCCAAGUGCUUGAACCAUUGCUCAAUCGAACUUAUGGUGCAUGCUCAUUGUAUGGUGCGUAUA